AAUACGAUUGUCUAAAAAUUAUUUUAUUUCUCCGUUAACAAAACAUUUUUAUUAAAUUUCUUUUUAUUUAAGUUAGAUGAAUUAAAAAAUUAUUUUUUGAAAUGUCGUUUAAAACAUUAAAAGUGGCAUACGUCACUUCUAAUGAUAACUACAUAGCUAGUAAUUUAACUUGAAGAAGUGUCUAAGAACUUUUUUUUUUGUUUAUAAUUUAUUUUUAGUAGCACCAAAAUCAUACGUUGUUUAUAAAGAUAAUGAAUCAAUGAGGCGCUGUGAUCACUUUAGCGCCUUGGGCUUUACCCCUGAAAACCAGCGUACCUAGGUUUUUUCUUUUAUUUUUUAGCAGUUUGUUGUUAAAUUUUCGUGAAGAAAACUAUUUUUGUGCUUAUACUUUAAUACUGAAAACCACAAUAAAGUUGAAAAUGUAUUUUGAUACGUUGAAGAUAAAAAAGUUUUUUCGUCGAAGUCUAAGAGUAUUCAAAUGCUGCGUUUCAAAAAAAAAGAAGAAUAAUAAAGAUGGUAUCCUUUCUCAAUCUAGCUCAGGUAAUACAAUUGAUUUACUACCAAAUUCGAAUCAGAUAAUUCUCAAAUUAACAAAAAAAAUUGAAGAGUUGGACUACAUAAAUUCAAAACUUGAAAUUAAAACUGAUAUUAAAUUAAAACAACAAUUGAGAGAAAUAGUUAAACUCAGUAAGGUAGUGCAAAUGUUAACAAAUAAUUUGAGUGAAGAAAAAAUUGUAUCUUCAAAUCUCGAAAAAGAAAUAAUAGGGUUAAAAUUGGAAAUAAGUACACAUGUUAAAUGCAAUGAAGAACUACAAAGACAUAUUAAAGAAAAUGAAAUUGAAAAAAAAGAAAACGGAAAAAUAAUUGAUAGUUAUCAAAGAAAGUUGGAUGAUUUGAAAAGCUUAAAUGAUCAGAUAAUUCUUGAAAAUGAAGAACUCGAAAAAGUCAAUUCAACAUUAGAAAAUAAUUAUAUAUUACAAAAAACUGAAGAAAACUUGAUUAUACUCAAAUUAACAAAAAAGAUUGUAGAGUUAGAAUCAUUAAAUUCAAAAAAUGAUAUUGAAUUAAAACUUAAAUCGAAUGAAAUCGAAAAACUAAUUAAGAAGGCUCAAGAAUUUGAUGACUUCAAAAAAAAUAAGAAACUUUUAGUAAAUAAUGAUAUGGCUAAUAUUAAAGAUUUGCAAGAAAAGUUAAAUAUUCAAAGUAAAAUAAUUAGUGAUUUGGAAAACAAAUACGAAAGAUAUAAGAUGUAUAUAAAUUGUAUCUUGAAAAUAUAAAGAAAUCAUUACAAUCUAAAUUUAUGUUAAGACUUAAUUAUGCUAAGAAUUCAAAUUUAUAAUUUUAAUAGAGAUCUUUUAAACAUGAAGAAAUUAUAUAGAAAUAAUCUAAUAAAAUGGGAUUUCACCAUGAAUUAUAUAAGAAAUAUUCUUUACAAUUAAAUUAUGGGAAACUAUCCAAUGGUAAUUAAUUAUCUACUAAGAUGUAUAAAAUGGUUUGGACUAAUAAGUUUAAGUCAUCAAAAAAUCAGGAAAAUUUUAUUGUAUUCAAAUAAAUCUAUUUGAAUAUUUUAUUCAACUAAUAUAUACUAGCUAUUAUUGUCAUGUUCAAUAAAGAACAAUUAAAAUCAGUUCUCAAAAAAAAAGAACAAAAAGUAUCUCGGCAGGGACAGCAUGACAACGGCCCCGAAAAUCGGUUUUAUUGCGACAACGGUUCUCUUUGCUUCUUAAUACCAAUAGAGCAAGAUCAAUAAAAACAACUGUUAUUACGGCUACUGUUAGAUUAAGAUAAACCAUAAAUAAUUUGAAACGUCCCGCAAUAGGCGCAAGACAGCCAACUAAAGAUGCCCUAAAUGUAUGUUUUUCAUUAUAAAUUACUGGACACUGAAUUUUAUGAGAUGGUCACUGUGUGUUUUUACUUUAAUUCAAUGUAUACAUAUAAUAAUUCUUCUAGCAUGCAUGUUUAACUUAAAUUAAGGCACCUAUUGUAAAUGUAUGCAAGUUUUUUACAACGUUUUGGCUACAUACAUUAGGAUAACUUAACUAUUUUUAAUUGUAAAAUACUAAAUAUUAUAUUAUUUCUUUAAAAAAAAAACUAACAUUUUGAACGCAUGCAUUGCUUACAACUGUAUUCGUGCUCUUCUAAACCCUUUUAUGUCUUAUAAUAAACAUUAACAUUCUGAACAGACCUUGAGAACAUAGUGGAUGUUUAUUUGAGGCCCCGAGACUAUUCUAGAAGUCGACGACAGGGCCGGGCUUCUCAUAGGAACCGCUUGAUACCCGACGAUUGAGAGCCCACGUGAUGGAAGCUCCUCCAAAGCUCAAAAGCUUACGAACUUAGGAGUGUGGACAUCGACGAUCCAGAGGUUCUUACUAAGAUGUUAAUGUCUUUCCAAAUAACUUUAUUUCAGAUUAAAUUUUUUUUUAUUAUCCCAAAUUAUUUUAUUUUGUUAAGGUCUGAGGUCAGCCCUAAAAUAUAGUGGGAGCACCUGAUACGAUCACAUAUAUGUGAUCAUAUCACAUAUUAUUAUUGUAACGCCGACUUAGUUUAUAUUGUUGACACAGUGACACACAUAUGUCUACAGGAGGGCAGACUGCACACAUAAACACUUUUGGAAUUCACGACCAAUGUGCCAUAAUAAUAUAUCCCUAACGACAGUUGACUUUUUACCAUAAUGGCAACCAUUACUCUUGUCUUAUACUUUACUUAAAUUACCUAUCACGUAAAUAGUGUGCGUGUCGCCGUCAGCUCCCUGUAGGAUUAUUAUCAUCUCUAGGUGUCCAGCAGGUUGUAUUAUUUAUUUAAUAUUUUUUUACUUAAUAAAUAUUUAUAUCGUUGUUA